CCAUCUUGGAAGGAGACGCGCGCGCGGCCGAGAGGGGCGGGAGCGCGCCUGUGUCGGUGUGUGUGCGGCCCCCUCCCUCCCUUCUCCGGGGCGAGAGCGGCAGCGCCCCCUGGCGGAGGCUCCUCUCGCCCGCCCGGGCCGGGAAGGGAGCGCCCGGGAGCCGCCGCCUUCCGUCCCGCCGGCUCGGCCUCCUCUCCGUCCUGCCUCCGUCGUGCCCGCCCGCCUGCCUCUCUCUCUCUCUCUGGCUGCUGCGCCGCUGGCCGGGCUGCGCGGGGCGGCCCAGCCCCCGAUCCACCCUCCGGGGCCGCCCAGCCAAUGGCUUCUCCCCUCCCUCCCUCGCUCACCGCAGCCUCGUUGCCUUGCAGCCCCGCAGAGCCCCGCCGCCGGCCCUCGGCCCCACGGAGACCUGGCCCCGGCGCCCCGCACCAGCCGCGACUAGCCGCCUCCUCCUCCUCCUCCGGCAGCAGCAGCCCAGGAUCGUCGCCCUCGUCGCCAACGCAGCUUCGGGUUCCUGGCGGAGCCGCCCCCUGUGGGUAUCUCCUCCUCCUCCUCCUCCUCCUCCUCCUCCUGCUGCUCCGCAGCCCACGGACCUUCCUGAGUCUCCCAGCUGUGCGCUGCACCCUCCAGAAGCUCCUCCGCUGUUCUGUUUUUCCUUCUUGCCGGCAGAUCCGCGCCCUCCGCUGGCGUCGCAAGGAAUGGAGGCUUGGAUGCCCCACAAGGGGCGGCUGAGCACCGCAAGCAGCACUCUCCCCACUUUGGGGGUCUCCCCGUAGAGUUCAAAGGCAUUUGCUGCCCCCAACUAAAGCCUCUUACAGAUUUCCCCCGGUGCACAGAGUCAUCCGACACACAAGUCAAGGUGCCUUUGCUGCUUCUCCCAAGGAAUCCUGGGUGCUCCGGUUUGGGAAAGGUGCUGGGAGUUCUGUGUUCAAGGCCCCAGUACCCCUUCCAAACAGCAGUUUUCUCAGAUUCUGGGAGGAAUCCUUCUGUAUCCCAAAUAAUUCCGUGGACUGGUCAGGCUCCAAGCUGCUGCUCCCAGUGCCCAUUUCCACACUCCAAAUGGCUUCUCAACAGAGCAGAAAGCAGGAAUGUUUCUCUGCCAUUGCCGCUUCUAAGCUGUAAGCUCCUUGGGGGCACGGCCUGGAUUUUCAAAACAUUUCAGACUCUUACCAUACUAUGGGCCAUGUACAAUACCAGGUAGCUGUGCCCUAGUGGCAGUUCAGCCUUGUGAAUAAGCCUUCAGAAGUUACGAGCUUUCUAAAUAAAGACAUUCUGGCUUGCUGGGACGUAGCAGAGGAGGGAUCGAGACCUGCAUUUCUCUGCUGUGUUUCUGUGCAGGGGGCAGAGGGAGGCUUUCAUCCAUUAGCAGCCCCCAUGGUUCCUUUGCUGGGCACAAAGGAGGGCUGAGUGCCGGCCUUGCCCCUCUUCAAUUGCCACACUCCUUUGCCCACAUACAGUUCCUUUUCACCUAUGUCUUCCGGGCAAGUUCUUAAAUACAGUUAUGCUAAUCCCUUUGGGGGCUAAAGGAGCAGGGGGUUCUGGGUGUUCAUUGGCAUAAUUCCCUCUGUAUCCUGGGGCCCAGGGGUAUAACAGACUUGGGCACAAAGAGUCCUGGCUGGCGGAAUAUGGUUGGCGUUAGAUAUGUGAUCAGACGAAACCUUAUUAUGUGCUUAGGCAGCCCAAGGGUGUCCUCUGGCCACAGCUCCUGUCACUCCUCACCGUUGGCCUUGCUGCCUGAGGCUGCUGGGGGUUGGAGUCUGCAGCAGGUUCGCCACCCUGAUUCAGCCCUUCAUGCACAAUGCUCUGUUCUGACUGUUAAACUUGGAGUGAGUUGAUGGGAGGGGGCAAACAAGAGAGGAUAAGGUCACCAAUGGUGCAGAUAGCCUGAUGAAGCUGCCCACCCCCUCUCCCCGCCCAACACGGGCUUGCCUGUGUCUUCAGUUGAAUCAUCACCUAACUGCCUGAGCAGGUGUCUUGCGCAACCAAGCAGAGCUAUUGAGGUUGCCUGGAGAUCUGUAGUGGAACUCCUGAGAGCCAAUGUGGUGUAGUGGUUAAGAGCGGUAGUCUCAUAAUCUGGGGAACCGGGUUCGCGUCUCCGCUCCUCCACAUGCAGCUGCUGGGUGACCUUGCGCUGGUCACACUUCUUUGAAGUCUCUCAGCCCCACUCACCUCACAGUGUUUGUUGUGGGGGAGGAAGGGAAAGGAGAAUGUUAGCCGCUUUGAGACUCCUUAAAGGGAGUGAAAGGCGGGAUAUCAAAUCCAAACUCUUCUUCUCUUCUUCCUACUCUGUUCUGCUACAACCAGGCUUCAAGAGCAGGCAAGUUCAAAGGGGAGCCCAGCUGGUGGCCAUGCUGAGUCAUUUUCUUUCGCUGUUUGGACAGCAACAGCGGGCUCCCUGGGAUGCACCCUUGAGGGACUCCUGCGCCCUCUCAGACUGAGCCUAGUGUCAUACAGGCAAGGCAGAUGCAGACAGCCCACCCGCCUGCCCUCGUGCCCUGCAGUGCACACUCAUGCCUUGCAGUGUGCGCACAGUCUGGCUGGUGUUCCUGGAGCGUGGCUUAAAACGAUCAAAAGCUCUCAAGGCUUCCAAGAGAACUUUUCCCCUGUGCCUCCACAUUGGGUUGGCCCCAGCCCAGGACUCCAUAGAAAGGAUUCUGUGGAGAAGAUGAUAUCUUGGUGAUGCCUUAACAAUAGGGAAAGGAGUCAGGGUUGGCGUGGCACGCAGGGCUCUGCAGCUCCUGCUCCAGCAGAAUUCGGCAGCAGAGAGUGAAUGGGCAGGAAGCGCAUCCCCAAGGGAGAUGGCCUGGGGAGGGCUGGCUGGCACCUCUCUUGAUCUCCACCACAUCAUUGCAUGGGGCUCUGUGCCCAACAGGCACCCUCUUGGUUGCUCAUCCUGGCUUGUGCACAAAUAGCCAGCCUACAGGCAGGGGGGUUUGCGGCCCAGAAGCUAUAACUAGGGUGUCCCCUCCCCUUUGCACUAGUUGCCCUAUUGGUCAUGAAUGACCCUGCCGCCCUCCAGAUGCGCUAACAGCCAUCUUGGCUGGGGCUGAUGGGAGCUGGAGUCCAGUGUCAUCCAAAGGACCAGAGUUUAGCUAGCUUAGUCUGCAGGGUCUGGGCAAAUAAAUGCUCUUGUGGGUUUUUUGGUGUUCCCUGUCUUUGGGGCGCAUGUGAGGUUUGCCUUUGGACCCCCAAAACUCAGGUGUGUCCGCCUGUUUUGCCAGGCAGGCCCAAGAGGGCUGUGCAUGCAAGAGCUCUUCUGGUCUGGACUAGUGGCUGUGCGAACAGGGCAUUUUGUGACAGCGUUUCCUUCUGUCUCCUCCAGUGCAAAUGGUGAGAAAUGGCCCAUGAGAACCACGGCAGCUCUGGGGAAGAAGCUGCUCUGAUGAGCCACUCUCCCAGCACCUCCCACCAGAACCAGCCCAGCUCCCCCAAACCUGUCCGGCAGGUCCAGGAUUUGCCAGGUACCUGUUGUGUUUUUGAAUUAAUUUUCAUUCACUUUUUACAAUAAAACAUUAUAAAAAAUACUAAUUGCAUAUCCAUAUAAAGAGAUUCCUUCAAAUCUUGGGACUUCCACCCACCCCUUCCCUGGAGUCCCAUUCUGAUCAUAUAACGCUUCAUCUUCUCCAAACUUUCUUAUAUCAAUCUGUAUUUUCCAUGAUGAUUGUUACACUACAAGUGAAAUCAAAAUCCUGCCCAUGUUUCCAUCUGUUUACAGUGGCCUCUGAUUUGCCAGGUUCUUGUUGGCUGUUAGGAGAGCCCUGCGUGGCACAGGGUUGGGGAGGGGGGCAGAAAGCAGGAAGGAAGCUGCAUGUGGGCGCCCACCCCCCGCUCCCCCAGCCAAGCCUUUCUGACCCAUGGCUCUAGGGAUGCAGCCUGUGCUGGAUGGGGUAGCACUCCCCAUUGCUUGGGUGUGCUCCAGGAUUGAGCCCUCGGGUCUGUGCUGCAGCCAGGAGUGCAUGUGCACAGUUGAAGCCAGGCUGCCAGCUGCCCUUGUUCCUUGAGGUGCCUGAUUCGGCCACCGUGAGACACGCCUUUGUGGCGUCCCUUUUGGAUUGCUAUAACGCGCUCCAUGUGGGGCUGCCUUUGAAAAGGGCUCAGAAACGUCCAACUGGCUCAAAGAGCUGCAACCAGAUUGCUGGCCAGGGCUGGUUAUAGGGAGCAGACGACUCCCUUGCUAGACAGAACCACGGGCCUGUUUCCAGGCACAAUUCAAAGUGCUCAUUAUGACCUAUCAAGCCCUGCAUGGCUUUGGUCCAGGCCAGCUGAAAGACUUUAUUCUCCCAUAUGAACCUGCCUGGGACCCAGGAUCUUCAGGAGAGGCCACUUCUCUCAGUUCCCCCUGGGUGGGGACACGGAAGGGGGCCUUCUCCAUGGUGACUGAUCCAAGAUUCUGGGACUCCGUCCCUGGAGAAGCUAGACCAGCCUCCUCUUUGCUGUCCUUCUGCAGGGAGGUGAAGACCUCCUUGUUCCAAAAGGCUUUGGGGGACUGCCUGCUUUUUAAUGAAAGGCCUGGUGCCAUGCUGUUUUUAUCGCAAUUAUUUGUACGUUUUAAACAGAUUUCAUGCGCGUAUAUAGUUCUGUUAAUGUUUAAUUGUUUUUCAUUUAUUCCUUUUUUGGUUUUUAGCAAUUCUUGUUUUCUUAUCUGUAAGCAGCCUUGAGUCUCGGGGUAUAAAUGAAUAUCUAACAAAUAGUGAUAACAGCUCUUCUGCUGUCCCUCAGAUGAGCUGGUGCAGGCCGGCUGGGAGAAGUGCUGGAGCAAGCGGGAGAGCCGCCCCUACUACUUCAACCGCUUCACCAACCAGUCGCUCUGGGAGAUGCCGCUUUUGGGGCAGCACGAUGUCAUUGUGAGUUGGCUGUUGAGCGAGCAAGCGGGCGGAGAGGGGAGUCCGCAGCCAGCGGGAGGCCUGGCCGCCUGGAGGGUUUCGAGAAAGGAGAGCUGCCUGCAUGGGGAGUGUGUGUGUGUGUGGAGGGCUCCUGGUGGCCUAACUCUUCUCUUUCUGGGCUUUCUAGUCUGACCCUCUGGGCCUGAACGCCACCCCGAUGCCUGCAGAAGGGGCAGUUGGCGAUGCGGCGGCUGCAGCUACUGCUGCCACUGCUGCUGCUGCUGCUGCUGCCGCCGCCGCCACUUCUGAAAACAAGAUGCGAAAGCGGAGACUCUCUGAGGAGGUUCAGCCCAGCGGCAACAGCGUGAAGAAGCCCAAGGUAGGCCUGGUGGGCACCGAAGGCUCCCCAGGUGUGGGAGGAGUUUGCCUUUGGGGAGUCAGUACAGAGGCUUAAAGCAGAUUCCCACUUGGCCAGACUUCUCUUCAGAAAUGCAUCACCGGGCAGAGUCCACAAGGGCCUCCAUUAACACACAGCCCGUAAAGGAAAAGGGCAUCAUCCUGGCUGUUGAUACUCCCGGCAGCCCCCUCCUGACACCCCAGGACCUCCCCCCCCCCCAUGCAACCUUCCAAGUCCAUGGAAACACUUACUCAACCCAAGCGUUUUUGCUGUACACGCAGAGCCCUCCCUGCAUCUUAUCUGGAGCUGCUUUUCAUGGCUCCUCCUAAACCGGUUCCUGCCAGUUUUGUGCCAGGCCGCAGGGCUGCUUCUGUUUCUUGCAGAAACUUCUGGAGAAACUUUCUUGCAGAAACUUGCAGAGCCUUUCAGAGCAGAGGGAACCAGGCCAAAUGGGUGUGGCAUGUUCCCCGGAAACUGGGGCUGGCUGGCUGGCUGUUCAACUUCUUGGCAGGAAGCAGCUGUCUGCAGACACGUCUCCCUGUGGGUUGAAGUCGUCAGGGGCAACUGGGCAUCCCUGGCGUGAGCACCUCCUCUUCUUAAUAUUUAUUGGUAUCCAAAUUGACCGGGUGCCUUUCUGCUCCCUUAUUGUCCUGCCCUUAUCUUACUCCUUGUGGGAGGAGCCAAGAGAGCUCUGGUAGCAAUUUUGAUUCAGUUCCGUCCCUUGCAAUAAGAGGAGAGAUGGGUGUUGCCCUGGCCAGCCUGGCCUUGGCGCUGCGCCCUCUCCCAAGGUGACCUGGCGUUUCUCACUUUCAGGUGGAUGUCCCGGCAAACGCCCCUACUCAGCCAACACCCAACUCCUCCAGCGCCCCUGGGGCGGCUCUGCUGAAGAUGUUUGGUGUCUCUCCUGAAGACAAGCAGGCGGCCCUUUUGCGACCCACCGAGUGAGUCGCGUCCGCCUUCUCCCCCCGGAGGGGACUGGCGUGUAGGUGGGCUCUGGGCAAGGGACGUGGGUGCUGCUGAGCCCCCCCACAGCGAGCGGGCAGCUCACAGCCUGCUGUUCUCCCCCCGCAGAGUGUACUGGGACUUGGACAUCCAGACCAACGCCGUGAUCAAGCAGAGGGCGCCCUCGGAGGUGCUGAGCCCCCACCCGGAAGUGGAGCUCCUCCGGUCCCAGCUGAUGCUGAAGCUGCGCCAGCAUUACCGGGAGCUCUGCCAGCAGCGAGAGGGUGAGUUCUGCCUGCAAGCUUCCCGCCCCCUUUCCCCUGGACGCCUGCCUCGUGCUGGGCGCUUCUUCCCAGAGCCCACAGCCUGCCUGCCUCCCUCCCCUCCCCAGGGAUCGAACCUCCGCGGGAAUCCUUCAACCGCUGGAUGCUGGAGCGGAAGGUGGUGGACAGAGGGACGGAUCCUUUGCUGCCAAGCAACUGUGAACCGGUCGUGUCUCCUUCCAUGUUCAGAGAAAUCAUGAAUGACAUUCCCAUCAGGUACUGCUGGCAGGUGGUGCUCCUAAGGUGGGAGGGAGGAGGAGGGUCCCUGGGAGUCUCCUCCAAAUUCUUUGUUACGCAAAGGCUGAAAAUCGAAGGAGGGGAGAGUUGCUGUUUUGCUCAGCUCCUGCAUCUAGGCCCGGUGGGCCGUUGGCCUGAUCCAGCCGGCUCUACUUGGGGCAUUUGUGCUCAGGGGUUCCCUGCCCCUGUCUUGGCAGCAGUGGCUCUCUGGGGUUGGACUCCGAUGGACUCUCCUUCCUCGGAGGUCUUCAUGGAGAGGUUGGGUGGCCCCCUGCCUGGGAUUCUUUAGCUGUUGUUCCUGCGUUGCAGGGGUUGGGCUAGAUGACCCUUGGGGUCCCUUCCAGCUCUCCAAUUCUGUGAUUCCACCUUCUUACCUGUCCUGCAGAUUGUCCCGCAUCAAGUUCCGGGAGGAAGCCAAGCGGCUGCUCUUCAAAUACGCUGAGGCUGCAAAGAGGCUCAUUGAGUCCAGGUGGGAACUUUGGCAUUUCUGUCCUUGUUGUCGCUCGGGGAGUAUGAAGCUCAAGAGGGCAAGAGGGGGCGGGGGGGGGCAGGGUCUGGUGGGCUUGCAAAAAUCAGUGCAAAAUGGGCGAGGCUGUGUGUGUGUGUGUGAAGGAAAGCAAGCAGCGUGAUUGAAAGGAAGGAGAGUCAGGCCACUCACCAGAAACUGUGCGGUGGAGGAAGGUCGCAAGGAAAAGGGAAGUAGCCAAAAGGCGGAGCACUGAGAGAGAGUUUAAAGCUGUUGCUGAGUCCUUGUUCAGUUUUAAAGGCAGAGAGCAGAGUUAGGUGCUCUGUUGGCCACGGGGUUCAGCCGUGUUGCUCUCUGUGUACUGCAGGAGCGCCUCCCCAGACAGCAGGAAGGUGGUGAAGUGGAACGUGGAGGACACCUUCAGCUGGCUGCGACGGGACCACUCCGCCUCAAAGGAAGACUACAUGGUCAGUUGCCUUUUGCAGGGGCAGAGCCCCUUCUGGGUAUGUGUGUCCCCCUGUCUGCACCUGGGGGCACUCCAGCAUGUGUAACAGGCCUCCCCCCCCCCCCAGGACCGCCUGGAGCACCUGCGCAAGCAGUGCGGGCCCCACGUGUCGGCGGCAGCCAAGGACUCGGUGGAGGGUAUUUGCAGUAAGAUCUACCACAUCUCUCUGGAGUACGUCAAGCGCAUUCGUGAGAAGCACCUGGCCAUCCUCAAGGAGCACAACAUCUCUGGUAGGCGCAAGCAAGAGGAAACGUGAGCCCGGGUGGUGGUGUCGUCAAGAGCGUUGGAUUCAAAUUCUGUAUUUGGCCCUGAAACUCACCGGGAGAGCCAUGUGCGCCCCCUUGCGCUCCUUGGUGGGAUAAACAAUAACAGCAAAUCAGUCCUAGAUCAAUCGGCCGCUUACCCUGGCUGAGGCUGCAGACUCCCGGCCGCUUUUUGUGUUGGGGGGAACUGGGUCAGGGGCACUUGGACUGGGAUGGGAGCUGCCCCUUGCCCUGCUUCCGCCAGCCGGCGUGGGCGUGGCCUGGGUGGCACUAACUCCUCCCCUCAACCUACAGCGGAGGCAGAGACUCCAGAGGUGCAGGACCGGCUCGUCUACUGCUACCCGGUGAGGCUGGCCGCCCCUUCCCCCCCGCUGCCAAACGUGGAGAUCCACGUGGAGAACAACGUGGUGUGCGUCCGCUACAAGGGAGAGAUGGUGAAAGUCAGUCGCAGCUACUUCAGCAAGCUGGUAGGUGGCAGCAGGGAGAUGAGAGUGAGAUGGGGGGGGGGCAGGGCCAGGGUCAGGCCACUCACCCACACCCCUUGCAUCCCGGCAUCACCUUCUCCCCCUCUGCUCUUCCUCAGUGGCUGCUUUAUCGGUACAGCUGCAUUGACGACUCGGCCUUUGAGCGCUUCCUGCCGAGAGUGUGGUGCCUCCUCCGCAGAUACCAGGUAUGCCCUGCCGUGCUAAGCUUGGGCUGAUGGGGGCAGGUGGGGGGCUGUCUCUCCAGGCUGGUGGGCCAGGUGUCCCCUCAGUCGGCUGAGGAGCUUCCCUGGGCAGAUGCCUGUGACCCUGGCGAGACCCCUGGGCUCUUGCGGGGCUUAGGGGCUCGGAGCAGGUGGCUCGGGGUUUCACUUUAAGGGUACCCAGUAAUGAACACUCCUUUGCUCUCCCCCCAGAUGAUGUUUGGCACCGGGCUCUACGAGGGGACCGGCCUGCAGGGGGCGCUCCCGGUGCACAUCUUCGAAGCCCUGCACAAGCUCUUUGGCGUGAGCUUUGAGUGCUUUGCCUCCCCCUUGAACUGCUACUUCAAGCAGUAUUGCUCGGCCUUUCUGGACACAGACGGCUACUUUGGCUCGAGGGGGUGAGUGCCAGAAGGCUGCUGGCGGGAGCCCAAAGAGGCUUGGGGUGCCCUAAGGGGGAGAGGAGGAGGAGGAGGAGGAGGAAGGACAGACGGGCCCCUGCCUGCUGUGUUAGACUGAGGUCGCCCCUGGCUUUGGUUGUGGGUUCGGGGGUUGGGUAUACCUUCCCCCAAGUUCUUUCUGCCUCCGCUUCCCUCACGGGCUCUGCUGCAUCUUUCUCCUUCAGUCCCUGCCUGGAUUUCUUCCCCAUCAGUGGCUCGUUUGAGGCAAACCCUCCGUUCUGUGAGGAGCUGAUGGAUGCCAUGGUGUCCCACUUUGAGGUAUGCUCCCCCCUUGGGGGUGUUGCUUUGCUACAAGGUCACAUCGCCUCCCUGGUCCAUCCUUCUUGCUUCACUGUCGGGUGGGGUCUUCCUUUCUCCCCCUGCCCUGCCCCACACAUCUGGAGCGCCACUCCCCCCUUGCCCACGAGGCUGAGGGUGCUUGUUCUUCUCCGCUGCCUUAGAAGCUGCUGGAGGCCUCCAAUGAGCCCCUGUCCUUCAUCGUCUUCAUCCCAGAGUGGCGGGAUCCUCCCACGCCAGCCCUCACGCGCAUGGAGCAGAGCCGGUUCAAGCGCCACCAGCUCAUCCUGCCCGCCUUUGACCACGAGUAUCGCAGCGGCUCCCAGCAUGUCUGCAAAAAGUAAGCUGAGAAUCCCAAGCCUGCCCCUUCUUUCUCCCCUGCCCCCGUCACCCGGAUGCGGUGAGCGAUCAGAGAACAAAAAGGAAUGCAAUCUCUUUAGCAGAAGAAAUGCAAGCCGGCAGUAGAGGAUCUGAAAAGAAUUCCAGGAGCACAUUGCUAAAAAUGUAGAAGACCAGCAACAAAACAAACCUUUAAAUACCUUAGUAGCAGGAGGCUCGUCAAGGAGGCAGUUUAGACCUUUGGAAGAAAUGCCACUGAAGGGGACAGAAGUAGGUUGCAGAGAAGCGUUCUUUACACCUGUCUUCCCUGCCGAAUCUGCAGGCCUGACUCCUGCGCCUGAGCCUAACCUUCACAGCAAGGGAGUCGUGAGUCAGGAUAUGGAUGGUGGCAGAGAGUUCUUAACUCAAGUGUGAAAUCGCUGCUCUUCUAACAACUAUGUAACUUGUCCCCUAAGAUUGGCCUCUGUGGCCGAGGACUAAUGAGUUACCAAUGCCACACCUUUUUUAAAGGGGUUGCAAAGAGGGGGAAUCUGGUAAACUAGAUUAGCUUUACAUCUGUUCUGGAGAAUCUGGUGGAAAACGUUAAAGGUAGAAUUGCCAAGCAUAUAGAAGAACAAGCCUUGCUGAAGAAGAAUGAGCAUGGCUUCUCCAUGGGCAAGUCUGCUCUCACUAACCUAUUGGAAUCGUUCAAAACUGUCAACAGGUCUGUAAACAGAGGCGAUCCAGUUGGCACAGUGUACUUGCACUUUGAGGAAGCCUUUGACAAAGUGCCUCUUUGCUAAUAGUUGAUGUUGUUAUUUUACUUAUACCCUGCCUAUCUCGCUGGGUUUCCCCAGCCACUCUGGGCGGCUCUCAACAGAAUUAAAAGCACAAUAAAACACCCUACAUUAGAAACUUCCCUAAACAGGGCUUAGAAGUCAUAGAAUACCAGGCAAAGUCAGCUUGUGGAUCAGGAACUUGUUAACCCACAGAAAGCGGAGAGCAAGGGAUUUUGAGCGCCCUUCCAAGCUGCAGGCUAUUAUAGCAAAUGUGGGCUCUUUUCAGGGGUGCUUCACCCCGCAGCUCUUCUCUUCCCUGAGGUGAAGGUGGUGGCUGCCCCCGCCAGUUGGCCACCGACAGAAGGAGGCGCCCCCUGUCUGGUCUGGCCAUCUCUCUUCCAGCCUUGUCACCUGAGAUCCCUUUGACAGCAGGUUUCAGGGACUGAACUGGAUGUUCUCCACGCAGAACGCGGAGUAGCGAAUCUGUGAGGCCAAGCUGCAUCUCCCACCAUCCCUGGCUGUUGGCCGGGGCUGAUGGGAACUGGAGUCCAGCUCUGUGUCCCUGUUCAGUUGCUGCAUUAUGACCCGGCCCUCGGCUCCUCCGAGGGGCAGCUCUGACCGCCUGUCUUCUCUUCCAGGGAGGAGAUGUACUACAAAGCUGUGCACAACACCGCUGUCCUCUUCCUGCAAAACAACUCCGGCUUCGCCAAGUGGGAGCCCAACGCAGAGCGACUGCAGGAGCUCGUCACGGCCUAUAAGCACUCGGGGCGGACCCUGGCUUCGUCUGCCUCCUCCUCCUCCUCGUCUUCCUCUUCAGCUUCAGAGAAGGAGCGAGAGACAGUUCAGGACCAGAGCACCAGCCGGGAGACCACCCCGAACUAGCGCACUCAUGGCUGGGCUGACGGGCAGCGGCGGUGGGAGAGGACUCUGCUCCCAAGGGAGGGCGAGGGGGCUGGCCCCACAGUGCUGGAGGCGGGGAUCAGCUCCUCCGCAACGUCUGCCUUCCUCUCCAGCCCCGCAGGCCCUUCCUCCUCCCUCCCUGGGGGGCGUUCCCCCGCCCCCGUAUGCUCCACGCAGCGGCAGGACCGGCUCCUGGCCUCCUUGAGGUGUCCUGGGCGAGGAGGUGCCUGCCGCCCACGUCGUAGCUCCCCCACGGAUCCCACGGGGCAGGUGGGACGGACAGCGGGGUGAGGGUCUGGCUGUUGGAGGCCAAGGGGUGGCCCAGUGCUGCAGCCGGACGUGGGCAGUCUUCCGCGAGGGGAAAGGAGCACGAACAGAGGGAAGCUGGCGGCGCCGUGCCCUGCGGUGUCCUUUGCGCUGCUCCAGCCGUGUGUCUAUACUGUAAAUACAUGUCCGUGUGGCGACUCCGCGCGCCGAAAGGCCAUGCCGCCGCCUCCUCCCCUCUCUCCUUCCCCAGCUGUACCAGUUGCGUGUUUUCACCGAAGCUGUUUACUGUAACCUGUGGGGCAAGGCCGCCCCGCUUUGUGUGUGUACAGAGGUCUUGGCUGCCAUUUUUGUAGUCGUCGCAGUUUUUAUCCGAGGCUCCGGGCUUCCUUGGAGACCAGCAGAGGGGUUUUGUGUUUUUUAAAGGAUUUUAAUUUAACAGUGCUAACCGUUUUAUUACUUUUAUCAAAAGAGCAAAGGAAAAGUCUAUUUUUGAUUUUGUUUCCCAGUUCUUAGGAACAUUAAAACCAGCAUUACGGUGCCCCCCCCAGGCCUUGGCUGCUUUUCCUAUGUUAGGUUGAGUUCGGGAAAGGUAGCUCACAAGGUGCUGAUCCUGUAGAGUUGAAACCACGGGAAGCUUGGAAGUGGUAGUGGUGUCUCUUGUGCCUGCUAGAUGAGAGGACAAGCUGUGUGUUUGUGUGCGUAAAAGAGGGGGGGUGUACCUCUUGUUCUUCCUGCUCCUCCUGCUCAGCUGACGUGCAGGAGUUGCCUUGAUGCUCCAGAAAAGACAAGGGUGUGUGGAUGUUGGUGUAACUGACCCUAGCAUCCUAAGUGGCUCAAUACACAACAUCUCUUUCGGUCCAGAGACCAGGAUCUCUUUCACAUGCAAAGGUUGUUCAUGUCUCCUCCUCUGCUCAGCUUCUGCACCACAGCAAUACGUUUGGGAAGGUUUUGUUUUGUUUUUUGCUUGAACCAUUGAAACCUGUUAGUGGGCAGCCACUCAAGCCCUGCUUGGCCAUGGCUAGACGGAAGACUUGUUGACUGCAAACACAAUCCAGGCCUGCAAUGAUUUUGAGAGCAAAUGUCAAGCUCUGGGCUUUGUGACAGUGUUAAGCAGUCGGGUGCUUCCCUCUGAAGGCACGCCCUGGCUCUUGGCUUUUGCAAGGUGGCAAACUCUUCUUUUCAGCCAGCUGCUCCCUGGAUAUGAAAGAACCCUGCCUCUCCCCCCCCCCCCAUGUGCUGGAAAUAGCAUCCUGGCUGCCCCAGAAGUCCUUCAGGGCAGGGGGGUUUUAAAGCCUCCCCUCCCACCCCUGUCACUUUGGUGUAGUCCUAGUAUCAUAGAAUCGUGGAGUUGGGUCUCUGAGGGUCAUCUAGCCCAACCCCCUGCAAGGCAGGAAUCUCAACUCAAGCAUCAAGACAGAUGGCCAUCCAACUUCUGCUUUAUUUUUAUUUUUCUUAAUAGUUUUUAUUAAACUUUACAUUUUUAUAUUCAACACAAUCAUCAUCCUUACAAAAAACCAUAUGCAAAUCCCAGUCUCCCCCCAACCACUGUCUUCCCUCAACUUCCUCUUCUGGUUCUCUAAAUAUUUGUUUCUUCAGCUUAUUUUGUUCUACCUUAAUUUGUAAUCUUUUAGCUAAAUAUCGUUGCAUUCACAUCAUUUUUAUACCGUAUUUCCCAAAUUACAUCUUACGCUUUAUUAUUUUCCCAGUUAUUGCCUCCUAACUUUUAUGCUUGUUUUCUUAAUUGUGAGUGCUUAAUCAAACCCUGCUAGUGAGUCUACUUCUUUACAGUGUUUCGGUAGGUACAUCAUAAAUGGUUCCCAGUCUUUUUUAAAAUCUCUAUUGUCUUUGUCUAUUGUUUUCUAGUAAGCUUCUCCAUUUCAGCAUAAUCCAUCAGUUUUACUUGCCAUUCUUCUUUCGUAUCUUGUCGUCUUUCCAUUUUUGGGCUAGUAAUAUCCUAGCCACUGUUGUAGCGUAAGUGAAUGGUUUCUUCCACUCUUUUGGUAAGUCUUGACCUGUAAUGCCUAUCAAGAAAGCUUCUGGUCUUUUAACAAAAGUUAUCUUAAACUUUUUUUCAUUUCAUUGUAAAUCAUUUCCCAAUAGCUUUUGAUUACAAGUCCACCACAUGUGAUAAAACGCGCCUUCCUUCUCUUUACACUUCCAACACUUAUUGGAGCUUGUUCUAUACAUGUUUGCCAUUUUUAGAGGAGUAAUAUACCAUCUAUACAUCAUUUUCAUGUAAUUCUCUUUAAGAGCUAUACAAUCAGUGAAUUUUAACUUCAGUUUCCCCCAAUCUUCCAUUUGUAAGUUAUGUUCUAAAUCUUGAGCCCAUUUAAUCAUUACACAGUUAACCUCUUCAUCUUUGGUUUCCCACUCGUAGCAGUAGACUAUGCAUCUUCUUCGGUGUUUUUGUGUUAUCUAUAAUUUCUCUUUGAAUUCUGGAUGAAGUAUAGCUAAACCCUUUCUUACUAUCUUCUUUAAAUAUCUAAUUUAAUAGAUAAUACUGCAGACAAUCAUUUACAUAUUCUUGAAUAUUCUCAAGCUCUUCCAAUUUUAAUUUCCCUUCUGUUUCUAUUAAAAUAUCUCUAUAUGUAGGCCAUUUUUCUUUCCUGCUUACUUUCCUUAUUGAUGUUGCUUCCAUUGGUCAUCACCACCCCGGGGUCUUCUGUUCCGAUAGAUCUUUAUAUCUUUCCCAAACUUUUAAAAGUGAUCUAACUAUAUGGUUAUAAAAUCCUUUAUGUACUUCCGCUUUGUCAUACCACAAAUACGCAUGCCAUCCAAUUUCAGCUUUGAAACCUCCAAGGAAGGAGAGUCCACCUUCCGAAGGAGUCCGUUCCACUCUCCAGCAGCUCUUACUGUUGGAAAGUUCUUCCCGAUGUUUCCGACUAAACAUCUCCUUUCUUGUAAGUUGAAGCCAUGGGUUCAUGUCCUCCCCUCCGGGGCAGAAGAGAAGAAGCUUGCUCCAUAUGUGGGAUGCUGGAGAGGUUGUGAAAAGGAGCCACGAGGUCUUCUGAAGAUGCGGGAAGUAAUUUCCUGUUGAGUUUAUGGCAGUGGUGCUUCCUCUGUGUGGCAGCCCUAAGAUACUUGAAGGUGAACCUCAUGCCUCUCAGUGUCUUCCAGGCUAAACAUGCCCACCUCCCUCAUCUCUUCCUUAUCAAGCAUACUUUCCAGACCCCUUUACCAUCUUGCUUGCCCUCCUCUGCGCACAUUCCAGCUUGUCAAUAUCCUUCCUGAAGUGGAUCCCUUCCAGCUCUUAACCAUUCUAUGAUCCUAAGUGGGCACAAAACUCUGAGGACGGGGGCCUGACCAAGGCAGAACGGUUAAGUCCAGUCCAAGGCGACUACGGGGUUGCGGCGCUCGUCUCACUUUCAGGCCGAGGGAGCCGGCGUUUGUCCACAGACAGCUUUCCGGGUCAUGUGGCCAGCAGGACUAAACUGCUUCUGGCGCAACGGGACACCGUGACGGAAACCAGAAACGCCGUUUAGCUUCCCGCCGCAGCGGUACCUAUUUACUUGCGCUGGUCUGAUUUCAAACAGAGCACUCCAGACCACUUCUAGCGCAACCUUGGUCUGCCCAGCUGUGCCUUCGUGUGGAGUCUCACUGAAUUGCUUAUCGCAUCCUUUCUCCAAAGACAUCACAAUGGUCUGAGCUUAUUCUGACUUCAUGAGAACCUAGAGGGGGAGAGACUGGCCAAAGGCCGUGUCUGAUGCGCCUGAGCCCAGCUUCCGCAUUCCCUGUGCCACCCUUGCCCCUCCCCCCAGGGUUGAUUGAGGCCACCCAAGGGUCAUCUAGCCCAACCCCUUGCAAUGCAGGCAUCACAGCUGAAGAAUCGCCAUCAGGUGGCCCCCCAAUCUCUGCUGAGAAACCUCCAAGGAAGGAGAAUCCACCGGCUUCUGAGGGAGUCGGUUUCACUAUGGGGAGGAGCACGGAGUGUGCCUGAAGUGUAAUUCAGUAUAAAUUGAGCAAAUAAAAAGCAAGGGCUGCCAUCCAGUCUUGUUUGGUGUGGAGGUUGCAGGCCACAUAGGGGGGGGAAAGUUGUUUUCUUCUAUCACCUAUAUUUCAGAAAUAAUUUUAUCUAAGGUGUAAACCGAAUGCAACCAUGAUUGUGCAUAUGUGUGGCCUAAUUCCACCAGCUGCAGAAAUGUAAGUUCAUGUGCAUCUCUGCUUCCAUUUUAUUUUUAAAGCAGGUUUCUAGUCCUUAGUAUGCCUGCAGAAACAUGU